AUUCUUCGUUUUCUCCGCUCGUCACUCUCUGUAUCGCCAUUUCUGUGUUUAUAUAUAAAUAAAACUGACCAAAAUUCUUCAAAAUUGUCCCGAGCUCUGUGGGAAAAUGUCUGCGAUAAUCCAUGGAGCCGGAGCUGCGACGGCCUUGUCGACGUUUAAUCCCGUCGAUUCCAAGAAACUCGCUGCUCCUUGUCGCACAAAUCUUCCAGCGAGGAGCAAGAGAUACAUUGUCGCUGGAUCUGAUGCGAGCAAGAGCUUUGGCUCUGGCCUCAGAGCAAGCCAUUCUCAGAAAUUGAUUGCAAAUGCUGUUGCGACCAAGACGGACACAUCUGCGACCACUGGCACUGGACAUGAACUACUGCUUUUCGAGGCUCUUCAGGAAGGUCUGGAAGAAGAGAUGGACAGAGAUCCACAUGUAUGUGUUAUGGGUGAAGAUGUAGGCCAUUACGGAGGCUCCUACAAGGUAACCAAAGGCCUUGCUGAUAAAUUCGGCGACCUCAGGGUUCUCGACACUCCCAUCUGUGAGAAUGCAUUCACCGGUAUGGGCAUUGGAGCCGCCAUGACUGGUCUAAGACCCGUGAUCGAAGGUAUGAACAUGGGUUUCCUCCUCCUCGCCUUCAACCAAAUCUCCAACAACUGUGGAAUGCUUCACUACACAUCUGGUGGUCAGUUCACGAUCCCGGUCGUCAUCCGUGGUCCUGGUGGAGUUGGACGCCAGCUUGGCGCCGAGCAUUCGCAGCGUUUAGAAUCUUACUUCCAGUCCAUUCCAGGGAUCCAGAUGGUUGCUUGCUCGACUCCUUACAAUGCCAAAGGCUUGAUGAAAGCUGCGAUAAGAAGCGAGAACCCUGUGAUUCUGUUCGAGCACGUUCUGCUUUACAAUCUCAAGGAGAAGAUACCGGACGAAGAAUACAUCUGUAACCUUGAGGAAGCUGAGAUGGUCAGACCUGGAGAGCACAUCACGAUCCUCACUUACUCGCGUAUGAGGUACCAUGUGAUGCAGGCGGCUAAAACUCUGGUGAACAAAGGGUAUGACCCUGAGGUUAUUGACAUCAGGUCGCUGAAACCUUUCGAUCUUUACACGAUCGGAAACUCGGUUAAGAAAACGCAUCGGGUUUUGAUCGUGGAGGAGUGUAUGAGAACCGGUGGGAUUGGGGCUAGUCUUACGGCUGCCAUUAACGAGAACUUCCAUGACUAUUUGGAUGCUCCGGUGAUGUGUUUGUCUUCUCAGGACGUUCCUACACCUUAUGCCGGUACUCUGGAAGAGUGGACCGUGGUUCAACCGGCUCAGAUCGUGACCGCCGUCGAGCAGCUUUGCCAGUGAAUUCAUAUAUAAUUAUCCGGUGAACCAUUUAUUUACCAUUUACAUUUCCAGUUUCUUUCUCUUUAGCUUAGUACUUAAAAAGAAUUUGUCUAUGUGGUUUGGUUUUGUUAAAGUAUGGUCUCACUUUGUUGUGUCUUGAUAUAUGAUAGUUUUGGAACUCAUGUUUCGUUUGUUAA